AUCAUACGUCAGAUCAAGAUGUCGCAUGAUGUCACACGUGGUCUACGCUGUCAGAAGCAGCCUAAUUAAUUAUGGAUCCGCUAAUUAAACAGAAAGUCUUACAAUUUGAGACUUUCGUAAACGAUGUACUGAAAGCAGAUCUUGCAAAAUUAGCCGAGAAACUUGAUGCUAAGAAUGCAGACGUCGCUGAAUUUCUACAAUUGAAAUCUGUGAUAACAACGUUCCAAAAUACAAACGUCGAAAAAACCGGUUUUAAAACCAAAGUCGACAUUGGAAAUAAUUUCUUUAUUCAAGCACAUGUUCCAGAUGCUUCUAAGAUUUUAUUGGAUGUUGGUUUGGGACAUUAUGUCGAGUUUACUUUGGAUGAAGCUUUAAUUGUUAUAAAUGUGCGGAUCAAAUUGUUGGAACAACAAAUUGCAAAUCUGCGGAAGGCAAUUGCAAAGACUAAUGCUCAUAUUAAAUUAAUUCUUAUUGCCAUUAGAGAUUUACAAGGAAUGAAAGAAAAUGUUUAAGAAAU